AUGGAGAAGGGUGGGGAGAUGGAGGGAGAGACCAGUGAGGCGGGGAAUAGGGGUGAGACUUUUGGGAAAAGUCCAGAGGACAACUGGGGCCUGGGGUUGGGAGGGAGGCAGGUAGAGAAGUGGGGGGAGAACCGAGGACAAGGAUGGGGCAGGAGGGGUGGAGAAAGAGAGGACAGGAGACAGGGAGAGACGGGGAAGGAAGCAGAGAAGAAGGGACGCAGGAACUGGGGCGCACACCGAGUCCCCGAGGUUAGGGGAACGCGCGUGUCCUUGUGGUCUCAGCCUUCCAGUUCCGGGUUUAUCCCACGUGGUUUCAAAGAGCAAGAAGCAGAAGCCGAGGAAAAGAUCUGGGGUGUGUGGCCCAGUGUGAGCACCUCACCCCUUCUUCCUGGACCUCCUCCGACCCGCCUCUCCAGGAUGCAGCCAGAAGUGGAGCCGCUCUGCUCCCCUAACCUGGGCGCCCCCGGCUUGCACAGGGAGGCAGGCUCCAUCCUUGUGGAUCUGGAGGCUAUAGAGGAGCCCAUGGCUAGGAGCCUGGGCAGACCCAUCAAAUCCUCAAAGCAGUACCUUCGGCAGGUCAUCUCAGAAUACGAGGCACUGGAUCGGGAGCUCCCAUGCAUCCGAAAGUUUUCAGCACCGCCCUCUGCCCAGCCCCUCUGCCUCUGCAUGGAGACUUCGGAGGAUUUCACGCACCUAGAGGUGCUGGAGGCUCUGGAGGCCGAGCUGCCCGGGGCCCUGGAGAGUGGGCGCUUGAGCAGCAUCCGGUAUGAGAACAUGAAUGUCAUCUGCGGGACCGCGGGCCGCAGGGACAGGUGGCUCAUCACGGUCACAGACUUCCAGACGCGCUCGCGCCUGCUGCGCUCGGGACUCAGCCUCCGCGGAACCGCGCACCCACUCGUGCGCCACGACGAUCUGCUGCUGGGCGACUACCGCCUUCACCUGCGCCGAUCCCUGGUCCGACGGCGAAUGCUCGAGGCUCUGGGGGCGGAGCCGUCCGAGGAAGAUUGACGCGUGGCGGGGGCGGGUCCCACCUGCGCCCCGCCCCCAGACCCGGCGAAUCCAAGGGGCGUGGCCUCCCUAGGAAGGAGGCGGGGCCGGCUCGAGGGGGUGGAUACUGUGAGUUUAAUUAUAAAGAAUGACCUGAUACAAAAGCCAUUUCUCUCAGCAAAGUCCUGUUGGGCGUGGGGGGCGGGGCGGACCUCCACUGUCUUCUGCCUCCAGGUCACACCCCAUCCCUGCGAUCCUGCAAGAGGAACCCAACUCCUUUCUCGUCCCCUCCCGCCCCCUUGGAAGACAGUUCUAGGGCUUUUAUUUCAGGAUUUUUUUUCCCCCGUUAGGAUUUGUGUGUGUUCUAGGGUUUUUUAUUUUUAUUUUGAUUUGUAUAGUUUUUUUCUUUUGCUAUUGUUUCUUUUUGCUUCGUCUCUCCUCUCCACCCCGCUCCCCCAUUCAGGCCCUCCCCCUUCCCUCUCCCCACUCCUUCCACCCCCGAUCCCACCCCCUACUCCCUCCCCAACCCCGCGGCACCCAUCCGGAAUUAACAAGCCCUUGAUAGACAGGCGCCGCGUAGGCCCCCUGCGGACGGGGGGCAUCCGACUAGGGGGAGGGGGCGGGUAGGGGCCCAGCGCCACCUCCACUCCAGUCCUUGCCACCCCUCCCCCCUCCCGCGACCCUCCCACAAGGUUCCCUGCGUUUCCCUGACGUGGUGAGGGGAGGGGGCUGGCCCUCCCCUCGUGGACGGAGCGCCCCUGGCGGGCCUGGGGGCAGCUUUAGGGAAUGGGCUGGGGGGAGGGGAGCUCCCUUCUUUGGCAGCUGAACACGGUGGGGAACCUGAGGGCGAUGCCCUUCCCCCUUUACCCACAGCAGGGGAGGGGGCUACCUAGGGGAGGAGAGGUGGCUUUAAAUUCCUAAGCCCCAGAAGCAGGGAAGGGGGAACGUGCGGGGAGGGAGGAGCCAUGCUGGAAGGUUGGAGGAGAGUAAUCUGGGAGAGAAAAAAGGGUUAGGGGAAGAGGGGAUCUUCGUGCAAAAUGGACAGACAGACGGAUGGAUAGUCUGAGUGACAGCCUAGUGAGCAGGGAGCCAGCGUGCACGCGCAGGGUCUCCUCUCUCUAGGAACAGCAGGAGGUGAGCAAAGACCUAGGAUAGGUGCAGGAAAAGAGGAGGAGAGGACUGGCUAAGAGUGCGUAAGAGAGAGGCGAGUGUGCAAACUGAAAAGAGGCCAGGCUCUGCAGGGCAACUGGGCAGAGUUACCUAGAAAGACCAGAAUAGCGCAGCAGGCACAGUCCGCACCUGAGCACCAUUAAAAAAAAAAAAAAGUUCCUGGGGAGAAGCAAAGGGGCUGGGGAGCGUAAGUGCACAAGAGGAAGUGUGCAAGAGGGCACAGAAAAGAAAGGAUAAAAGUGAACAGAAGUAGCCGGGGGUAGUGGCCCACGCCUUUAAUCCCAACACUCAGGAAGCAGAGGCAGGUGGAUCUCUGAGUUUGAGGCCAGCCUGGGCUACAGAGUGAGUACCAGAGACAGCCAGGGCUACACAGAGAAACCCUGUCUCGAAUAACCAGAGAGAGAGAGAGAGAGAGAGAGAGAGAGAGAGACUGAGAGACCUGGGCUGUGAAUGUGCCAGGGAUGUGCGAGAAAAUGUGUCAGAGAAAAUGGAGAAGGCAGGGGACAGGAGUGCCAUCAUGAGAAGGAGAGUAAGGGCUUGGGGGCGCCAGGACAGGAAAGUAUCCCCAAGUAUGAAAUGGAGGUAAAUGUGUUCCGAGUGUGCAAGGACAGAGCAGAAAAAAAGGGGUGACCAGGGGCUACAGGAGUAUGCCUGGGUCUGUGAGAAGGAGAGGAAGGAAAGUCCCAUGUGUGUCUGCAGCAUGGGUCCAGGGUGAUCAGAGAAAUAAAGGGUGCAACCCCCCCACCCCCGUCCCAAGAAGAAAAGGAA